AACACGAGACUCUACACAAUUCAACUAUCUAGAUUGACAGCGUAACUUCAAAAUGAAAGGCCUAACCAUCUUCGUUUGCAUCUACCUGCUACUGAAUAUGACCUCUGCUUCUCCAGUGUCGGAAUUGAAUGAACAGACAGUGAAAAAAGUGACAUACAGCGAGGAGGCGAAGGACCAGAUACGCGAGGCAUCUGUGAUCGCGGUGUCGUACCUUUGUCUUGGUGAAAAUGUGAUUCCUGAGAUACAGAAUACUAUCUGUGCAAACGCACUGUACAGUGGGAUGGGCGUGAGGUCGACCUCGUAUGCAGCCAGUGACUGCAUGGACUGCUCCGUUGCCGAACCUGUAUGUUGGGAUUCCUGCCCACGUCUGAUUUAAACCUCAAUUUAACACCGACGACCUCCAACCGACAAGAAUUAUUCCUAGAUUUCUAUGCUUCAUGCAUAAUUCCCGCUAAUUUUUAAAAUUCGUAAAACGUGCUUCAAUGUUCUAA